AUGCUGUCUUCGGUCGUUGCUGCCUUUGUUCUCGCCGCCUCUGUCAACCAGGUUGCGGCCAGCCCAUCCCGACACCUCUACGCCGCUCGUGCGUACGCCCAAGAUGCUCACCUUCUUGAGGAUUAUGAGACCUACCACGGCCGCUACCUUUCAAUUGGAUGUUCCUCUGCAAAGAAAAACGAUCAAGCAUUCUUCAAGGAGUGCUGCCAUCCAUUGCACAAGGGCGGGGAAUUGUCUUCGGACAAGUGUAACGCAUCCUCCAAUCCUACCACCCCGGCAGCGCCCCAGCCUACUACUUCUGCAUACGCUGCUGCCGCCUCCCCAGCCUCCAGCAACCCCGAAACUUACUCUGGUGGAGUUGCCACCUAUUACUACCAAAACGGAGCAGCAGGAUCGUGUGGCAAUUACAAUUCGGAUGACACCCCAAUCGUCGCCGUGGACUCCCGUACUAUGGAUCCUAGCCUCUGUGGCAAAAAGGUUCGAGUCACUAACACCAACAACGGGAAAUCGGUUGUCUGCACCAUUGCAGAUACGUGCCCUACAUGCAACACCGCCACUUCGCUCGAUCUCUCGACCGGUGCAUUUAACCAAAUUGCCAAACCAGAAGAAGGCAUGGUUCCAAUCGCUUGGCAUUUCGAAUAA